AUGGCACCUUAUGAGGCACUAUAUGGGAGGAAAUGCAGAUCUCCUAUUGGCUGGUUCGAUGUUGGCGAGACAAAGUUGCUAGGACCUGAAUUGGUACAACAAGCUGUAGAAAAGGUAAAGUUGAUCCAGGAAAGGUUGUGUACAUCUCAAAGUCGACAGAAAUCAUAUUCAGAUAACCGACGUCGAGACUUGGAAUUUGUUGUGGGAGACUGGAUUGUUCAGAGAAUUGGGCGAGUAGCCUACAAACUUGACCUGCCACCAGAAUUAGAAGCAAUCCAUCCGAUAUUUCACAUUUCCAAGCUUCGGAAAUUCUUAGGUGAUCCUUCUUGCAUCAGCCCUAUCGAGGAUAUUGAAGUUUCCGAGAACUUGUCAUAUGAAGAAAUACCUAUUGCCAUUCUUGACCAUCAAAUUCGUAAGCUACGGACUAAAGAGGUGAUAUGCUUGAGACAAAUAUGGCAGUUGUUGCACAUAUAUCAACCAGUGACAGUUAAG